UCCACUUGGCGCGCUCAGACGAACGGCGCGCCCCUCCAUUCAUUGCCGAUCUGUACGCAAGAGUGGCACGACGUUGCCGCCGCGUUUAUACUCUUAACUUUUUAUUUCCAGUCAACUUUACUUUUAUUUCAAGUGAAAGUCUCGAAUAUUCAUAUUGAAAUCUCGAGCAAAGUUUAAUUAUUUAAACCUUAAAAUUUAUACUUUAACAAACAAAGCUCGGAAUAGUAUACACGCGAAAUUGUUGAAACAACUCUCGCUUGCAGUAAUUUCAUAUUCUUCAUACAUAGGGAUUUAUGAGAUCGUGAAGAUUGCAACAUCACUUUCAAAUAGCAGACGACGUCAAAGGAACGAAAAUGUCGAAAAAACAUCUCCACAAUCAAGCUGCUAUACCGUUAGCUCCUGCAGUAUUCAAGAAACCACAAAUGCGGCCGAUGAUAGCCGAGUAUGACCCAAAGAAAAAAGGAGUCAGGACUGACUUAUCAGAUAUCGUUAUGGUCAAGUAUAAAGUUGACCCUAAUGAAAUUCCGGUGGAACAACAGGCGGGGUCCACCCUGCCUCUUAUGGAAAUACCGGGACGGGACAUAGAGGCUGAUGAAGACUACAAUCCGUUUGAGCACCGAAAACUGGCGCACCCUACAUCAGAUCUGGAUACACUUAUCCAUUUACUGAAAGGGUCGCUCGGAAGCGGAAUUUUAGCCAUGCCCAUGGCGUUUUUGCACGCCGGCCUGUACGUGGGGCUCUUCGCCACGUUCCUGGUGGGAGGCGUCUGCACGUACUGCGUGCAUGUGUUGGUGAAGACCGCGCACGAGUUGUGCCACAGGAUGCAGAAGCCUUCGCUAGGCUUCGCCGAGACGGCCGAGGCGGCUUUCUUGGCCGGGCCUCCGGCGGCACAUAAGUUUUCGAGACUAGCCAAAGCCAUGGUGAACUGGUUCCUUGUGGUGGACUUAUUAGGAUGUUGCUGCGUGUACAUAGUCUUUGUGGCAACAAAUGUUAAGCAAGUAGCCGAUUUUUACGCAAAGGGAACAGAAUGGCACGAUAUGGAUGUACGACUCUACAUGCUUGCGACUCUACCUUUUCUAAUUCUUAUUAAUCUCAUCAGAAAUUUAAAGUACUUGGCCCCGUUUUCUAUGAUUGCGAACUUAUUGGUCGGCUGUGGGAUGGGUAUCACAUUUUAUUACCUGUUUCAAGAAAUGCCUGAAUCCAGUGAACGUGAAAAUUUCGCUGGAUUCGACAAACUGCCGACAUUCUUUGGUACCGCUAUUUUCGCUCUGGAGGGCAUCGGUGUCGUGAUGCCACUGGAGAACAACAUGAAAACUCCCACUCAUUUCAUCGGCUGCCCUGGCGUGCUAAACAUUGGGAUGUUCUUUGUCGUGUCUCUAUAUGCUACAACUGGAUUUUUCGGAUAUCUGAAAUAUGGACAAGACACUCAAGGAAGCAUCACGCUUAAUCUUCCUCAGGACGAAUUAUUGGGCCAGAGUGUGAAGCUGAUGAUCGCCGUAGCAAUUUUCUUUACAUACAGUCUGCAGUUCUACGUGCCUAUGGAAAUCAUCUGGAAGAACGUUCGCCAUCUGUUUGGCGCCAGGAAAAACCUCGCCGAGUACAGCAUAAGAAUAGGGAUUGUGCUUAUGACACUAGGCAUUGCCAUUGCCAUUCCUAAAUUAUCACCUUUUAUAUCACUUGUUGGUGCGGUAUGCCUGUCUUUCCUUGGUCUAAUAUUUCCGGCUGUUAUCGAAACCGUCACUUUUUGGGACAGACCUAAUGGACUUGGCUUUUGCAAGUGGGUCCUGUGGAAAAAUAUGUUUUUGGUUUCAUUUGGGAUCCUCGGAUUUUUAACUGGUUCCUAUGUUAGUAUUUUAGAAAUUAUUAACGGUUGAGAUUCAUAUUCUAAUUAAGUAUAUAUAUUUAUAAAAUUUACUCGGUCCCACAACCGAGAAGUAAGAGUAUUUGUAAAAAAUGUAGUUGGAUAAGGACCACUUGGAAUCACUUUUUGCUUUUUAUUUUAUAACUACUUAUAGUUAUAAUUGAACGUAUGAAGUUACAUCGCCGCCUAAAGGGGCCCACUGAUUACCAGUCCGCCCGACCAUAUCAGCCUGUCAGUUAAUCGCAAAUGGCCACAUAAGUUCUAGUUCAGGUUUCAGCCUGACGGCUUUACACGAAUCGAGAGCGUGUCGCCGCUUAACAAUUCCGGCCAGCAACGACACAGAUAUCGGCCGGACAGUCCGCGGUCUGAAAUAGAACUGUUUAUGUGUGGCUUGUUGCGAUUAACUGACAGGCUGAUUUCGUCCGGCGAACUAUCAAUUUACAGGGCCCUGUCUAACUUAUAUCAGACUGUUGCCGGCGGGCGGCCGUACGCCGGAAAACCUACGACUCUCAACUGCUAUUCUGUAGUCGCAGGUGGCAGUAGGCCAUUACCGGCAGGCAGUAAUCGCUUAUGUGUGUGGUCGUUAUUGGCCUAGGACGGCAGGCCGCCCGAUAAGGCCAGAGACUGCAGGUAGACUGGUAAUCAGUGGACCCCUUUAGCAAGCUUUUGUUCACGCAAAACAAGAUUAAAUGAUACAUAUGACACAUGAUAAAGUUAACCUUACCUAGUAAUCCUCUGGAUGAAAUUGAAGUUGUCAAGCACCGGAGGAUUAUUAGAACAAGCAACCGAGCACGACCAUCUUGACAUAAUAUAAAUUGGCGAUAGUAAUAGUUUAUACAAUAUGCGAAUGUAAUUUUUGAUAAAUAAUUAUUAAAGAACCUUUAUUUUAGAGACAAGUUAAAAAAAACUAUUGAAUGCAGAACUGAACACAAAGGUCUCUAGAACCAUCCCAUGAUAUAUGGAGGUAUGGAGAUACUGUUAAGAUCGUAUUAGUGCAUUUGACCACACUGCCCGAGUUCCUCUGGACUACGGAGUAUUAUGUUCGACACGGAUGACCGAUCGUUUUUAGGUCCUUAUUGCAACAAGAAAGGACUACAAGAAUGGUCGUUACGCUGUGUCGCUGUAAGUAUGGCACGGUGUCUUGUGUUUACUAUAAAUCAUUAUUCCUUUGCUCCGAAUCUCUGUAGCCAUGUAGGUUUAAAACAACUGUAGAUAAUUUUAUAUGAACGUGUGAGAAUUUUCUAGUGCAUUAAUGAAAUGUGAUACAUUUAGGUUAAUGAUAACCCCUUAUUAAACUUGCUUAAAAUAAGCAAAAAAUAUAUUUUCUGAUGUACCUAGAUAAAAACAAGCAGGUGAUGAUAACCACUGCAUUGCCUUUUAAGAUGAUCGAAAUUGUGUAACAGAUAAUUAGAUGUUGGUAUUAGUUCAAAAAUCAUAAUUCAAAAUAUUUUGUGAUAGUGUGAAUGCAUUUUCAUUAGGGUACAAUGAGUGCUUACUAAAGAAGAGAUUUAUAGUUGACUUUUAUAAGGCGAUUGAAAGCAUUUAAAUGAUAGCUUACAAAGCUAAUACCUUAGAUGUUGUUAAAACUACCUGUAACUUUAGUUAAGGUCGAUGUGAAGAAUAUACAAGGUAUUGCUAGGAAGAACUCGUAUUUUUUGUAUACGUACGUACGACGUACGUGGUACGUAACAACGUACGUACGUCGUACGUACGUUGCUCAGACACAGUAAGAAACGAAGAGCUUCGCUUCUUCUGCUCUACCCACCUUCUGUAAGUGGAGUGUGUAGGUACAAACGCAAGAGUUAGUACUUGUAGACGGUCUUCUCUUUAUAGACGAUAUUUUCCAAAUUGACCCUAACUCCGUUGAAAUGAUGAAUGUAACCUCCAGAGUCAAACGCCAUUUAUUAGUAGACACACCGGAGAGGAUAUCCCUUGCCUUUGGACCUAAGUAUUUAACUCUUAUGGUGCGACUCUGUCUAAUCGGCCACUUCUAAUAAAUCGAAAUAGGCAUACAACGGAGCAUUCAAUUAAGUAGAUAACAUUUUGAUAAGAGGUAGAUUCAAGUCGCAAGGAACACUCGAAGCCCGAGUUGGACUCGCGCUGGUCCAGUUAUUUUGUUUUUUAAAGUUGUAGAGUCAAUCAUAGCUUAUACUUGUAUUUAUUAUUAGUUUGAUAAUUCAGAAUAUUAUGGACAUGUUCCUAAUAACCAGAAAAUUUAAUGGCACUGGUACCUUUUAUAAACUAUCUACUUAUACCUACCUGGAUAACUACUCUAAAUAUGUCUUGUGGUAUCUACUCUUCACAUUGCCAGAAAUACGAGAGCAGAUCUGAAAUUUGCUAGCUGUAACUUUACAUUACGAUACAAAUGCGAAAAGUAGCAAAGAAACGAGUUGAUGGCGAUAACAACACGACCAAAGGGAGUUGCGAAUUCGCAACGCACGCAUCGCAAUUGCGGCAGUGUGUUCCAACGUUUUACAGUAGAUACAUAUAUACCUUUAAAUUUCGACAUAUUUAGUGUCGUAAUGUGCUAAUUAUACCGCACUAAGUAGUAGGUACAGUUCAUAUUUUAAUUUAUCACCACUCGUUUCACCUAUUUUCGCAUUUCUGGUACAAAUUCUAUUUGAAUCGCAUACGAGUAAGUGUAGCUAAGCAGCUAAUAACUUUCAGACCAGCCCUCGUAAAAGUAGCACUUGACAGCGUUUGUGCUGGCCCUGUUGUUUUUGUUUUGUAAGUAAAUUAUAUAUUUAUGUCCUACCGAGACAGUCAUUUUGGUGACAGAUAUAUUCACAAGAACAGCAAACUGGUUCCGAAUGUCUAUGAAAACAUUGACAAUUAUUACUAUGUACUCGUACCUACUAAUCUCGCGCUAGGUAUCCUGCCUAUUUCCGGGAGAGAGAGUAGUUAAGUUUAUUAGGUAUACAGCGUGCUGCAACAUAGCAUACUUCCUUUUUGAAGGAAUUCCACCCAUAAAGUUAAUUUGCACUUUUGCAGCUGUGAUUACCUACAAUCGUACAGUCAGUAGUAGAAGUUGCUAAGCGGGCCAGAUGUUCAAAAUGAUCUUGACGCGACUCUAUUGUUAAGAGAAUAAGAGCGUGUUAAGGUAAUUUUCAACAAAUCGCCCGCUUGGCAACUACUGUUGCUGCUGUACAUACCAAGCGAGUACCUAACAGUUUUUGUAAAUUAUUAUAGGUACCUACAUAACGACUUCAAAUGUCAAAUAGAAAUUGAAAUUAUUUAAUUUCUAUAUGAGUCUCUAGUAUCAUUAUCACCAUCUUCCUGACGUUACCCCGGCUUAUUGCCACGGCGUAUACCUUAUUGAGACUGUAUUGUAAUUAUCAAAUUAACUGUAUUCAGAAAUAUUGUACUUAAUUGCCAUUUUGUACCAUUCUUCACGUAUCUGUUAAUAGUAUUAAUGUUUGCUAGCGCCUGAUGAAAAUAGAUAAAAACAGCAGUCUGUCUGUAGUAAUGUUUUCCUGUGUAGAUAAUGAGAAGAAGAUAUAAUUAUGUUGUACGUGUAUUAUCGGAAGCGUAGGCACCUAAACAUCUGUAUUCCCAUCAUACUGUUUUAUUAGUGCUCUGUACAAAACUUUGUUCACGGAACACUUAUUUUUUCUUUAAGUUUAUCAUUGAGUUAACUUUUAUUACCACUUACUUGCUACCUACUAUAGAAAAUUGUAAGCAUAUAUUGGCGAUUUAUUAUUGUGUAUUGUAGACUCAUCUUGAUACAUGUCAAAUGUAUACCUGUUAGUUAUCUGUAAAGGAAAUCAUUCCUAAGUUCAUUGGUAUGAAUUACCGAUUUUAGAUUAUAAUGGUUGUUUUGUUACAGUAUUAAAAUAUACGAGAUUUAAGGAAU